UGCAAAAUGACCUCUAAAGCUCUUCUUCUUCUUUUCUUCAUGGUGCAAUUAGGCCAACCACUCUGUGGUUUACCUUUGGAAAGGCGAGAUGACGAGGGAGACGAUGGUGACCAAGGAUUACCUAAAGACGAAAAGGAUGAUGAUUUUCUUAAAGAUAUUAACGAUAGAGAUGUCGAUGGUGAAGAGGAAAAAGAAGAAAACGACUAUGGAAUAGAUGAUGCAGAUGGCCAAGUUAAUGGAGGUAGAUUCAGAAACAAGUCAAAUGAUAACAGUAGCGACAAAGAUACAGAUGAUGGCAGUCAUGAGAGUGGGGAUGACAAGGAUGGUGAGAAUGUUGGAAAAGAAAAAGAGGACGAUGAUGACACUCAUGAUGAUGAUGACGAGGAAGGUAAGAAUGUUGACAAAAAUCGCCAUGAGGAAAGCGAUGGAGAUGACAAUUACAGCGAAAAUGGGUACAGUGGAUACAAGGACCACGAGAAGGACGACGAUGAUGUUGACGAUGACGACGACAAGAAUGAUGAAGACAGCGACAACACCAAUGAUGAUGAUGAUGAUGAUGAUGAUGAUGAUGAUGAUGAAGGUGAUGAUGACAAGGAAGACGAGAAAGAUGGAAGUGGUGUUGAAGACGAAGAUAAGGAAGAUGGCAGUGGUGUUGACGAAGGCGACUUUGACGAUCAGGGUUACGAAAGAGGGAACAAAGAAGGGGAUUGGCCGAAGAGUGGUGACGUUAUGGACUUGUUUAAAUCUGACGCAGUUUCAUCUUUUAAAGGACUUUCUAUUAAGUAUUUAAGCAUUUCCACCUGUAUAAGUGGCAUUUUAAUUGGCUUUCUUCAUUAGCUCAAACUACCAAAGCCCACAGGUGUUAGCUAUGUUUGAAAUUUUCCUGUUAAUUUAUUGAAUAAAAAGGAGUCAAAUGUUUCAGCCCAUCCUGUCAGCUUGCCUUGUAUAUAUGGUGCCACCAACCGUUUUUGUCAUCCUGUAUAAAUGAUGUAAAGAAAUAAUUAAUUUUUCAGUGAAGUACUUACCAUCAUAACCAUGCACUUGUUUUACAAGUAUAUGAAGACUUGUUCUACAAAUUCAAUAUAAAUUCCUCCUUAUAUUUUUGUAACUGAGGUGCUCAUGUGUGGUAUUAAACAAUUGGAUAAAUUGAAUAAAUGAGGACAAUAGCGAAGAGUUCUUAUUUUCACUGA